AUGAUGGAGCUUUGGGCACUGGUGCUUGUCCUGGCGUGUCUGAUGGUCCUGAAGUACCUGAGAUGGCUCUGGCGAUGCAGGCACUACCCUCCCGGACCUUUUCCAUGGCCGCUCAUUGGGAGCACCUGGUGGACGGGUCUUAAUCUGCAUAAGGACACACUCAUGAAGCUGGCCAAGCAAUAUGGAAGCCUCAGCACUCUCUGGAUAGCGCAGUACCCUAUCGUCAUUCUGUCCGGAUACCAAACCGUAAAAGAAGGCCUGAUCGGCCAUUCCGAGGAACUCUCUGGGAGACCGGUGACGAAUCUACUCAAAAUAGCAUUUAAAAGAAAAGGUAUUGUGCUUUCCAAUGGUCGCGUCUGGAAGCAGCAGAGACGGUUCGGAGUGGGUGUUAUGCGGCAGUUGGGGCUGGGGAAGAAAGGCAUGGAGAGCCAAAUCCAAGUGGAGACCCAUCGGCUUGUGGAGGUUUUUGCGAGUGCAAAGGGGCAGCCGUUCGAUCCUCUCCUACCCAUCACCAAUUCAGUCUCCAGUCUGAUCUGUGUGUUGGCCUUUGGAUAUCGAUUUUCCCUUGAAGAUAAAGAGUUCCAGGAAAUGAUAGAUGCCGUUGAUUUCCUUCUGAAGUUUGGGUGCACCAUGUGCCAUACCGUUGCUGAGCUGUUCCCUUCGAUCUUUAUCCACCUCCCAGGGCCUCAUCAGAAGGCCCUGUCCUUCUCACAGCUAGUGCUUUCGUUUGCGAGGAAGGAAAUUGAGAAACAUAAAGAACAGACUCGGCAUGAGCCACAGGAUUUCAUUGAUUUCUAUCUACUUCAGAUAGAGAAGAACAAGAACAACCCGUCUUCCAGCUUUAACGAGGAGAAUCUUUCUGAGACUAUCCUUGAGCUCUUUAUUGCAGGAACAGAGACGACUGCCACGACUUUGCACUGGGCGCUGCUCCUCAUGGUGGCUCACCCAGAUGUCCAAGAUAAAGUCUACAAAGAGAUGGAAGAUGUCCUGGGUUCCUCCCAUUCAAUCUGCUAUCAGGAUCGGAAGAAAUUGCCCUACACCAAUGCCGUGAUUCAUGAGAUCCAGCGUGCCAAUUAUGCGUUGCCACUUGGGAUUCCCAGGCGAAGUAUAAAAGAUGUGCACAUGAAUGGUUUUAUCAUUCCCAAGGACACCAUUGUAGUUACGGAUCUGCGCUCCGUACUUCUUGAUCCCAAGCAGUGGGAAACCCCUGAACAAUUCAACCCUCAACAUUUUUUGGACAAGGAUGGAAAUUUCGUGGCUAGAGAGGAAUUUCUGCCAUUUGGAGCAGGGGCGCGGGUUUGCCUCGGGGAGCAAAUGGCACGGAUGGAGAUCUUCCUCUUCCUGACCCACCUGCUGCGGAACUUCCGGUUCCAGCUGCCAGAGGGAGUGACCAAAAUCAACCAAGAACCUGUCAUGGGGAUGACGUUCCAUCCCGUGCCCUACAAAGUCUGUGCCAUUCCCCGCAGCAGUUCCUCAUAA